AUGGAUGCCAAUUUUUACUUAUGCUGCCGCAACAAGUCCUCUGAGCAGGCAGACCGUAGCCUAAGCAAGGGCUGGGCUUACUUUGUAGAACACAAUGGAUUCAAAAAUGUGCUUGACGCUUAUGCCAGCCAGGUGCAAGAGAAAAGUUCUUGCACCAGCCAUAACACUGUUAAUCUUGCUGACACCAAGAAUUCGCGGGGACUUGCUGCCACAGGUGUUGGCGCCAUCAUUUGCGCUCAUCAUAACCUUACACAUCCAUCCUCAGUCGGAGAUCUCCAAAAAGGAGAAAGGUAUGCAAAUACGGAUUACCUAUUCUUCUCAACAAUGCAACAUUCUAACAAGGUUCUGGCUCUCAAUGUCUCAUAUAAUAUUGCCUGUCAAUGGAGUAAACACUUGUGUCAGCAGAUGUCACACUAUCCCUCCCAGAUUCAUUUUGCAACCGACUCGAAAAUUUUACCAGUUUCAUGUCAAACUUCAUAUUCUCUCAACCUCAUCAAAGGCAUGGCGAGGACUGAUGGUGAAGCCAUCAAAUGUGGAUGGUCCAACAUGAAUCCUGCUGCUACAAGCACAUGGGAAAUGGGCCCAGGGUUAAGACGCAACAUCUUGGAUGACCAUUUUGGCGAUUGGAAUUGA